GUAAUCAGGUUUGUGGUGUCCGACAUCAUCUACUUUGAUUUACUGGGCCACAAUAACGCUUCAACGCUCUGAACUUCAUAAAUAUGCAUGAUCCAUGGUCCAAUCAGAUUCCACCUUAGUUAUUGACACUCACAGGAGUUCAAAACAACACGGGAUGUGGCUGUAAUGAGAAAUAUGCGGUGUAUGCAAUAAAUUUAUUUAGACGUAGAAGUGCUAGUGCAAAAAAUAUCUCUCUGUACAUCGAGGGGACGGUCAUUUUGAGGCAAAAUAGGCUCGAUAGAAAUUAGUGGCGAAACAAUAACAACAUAGGCUACAUCCAUCGGCUGUUCUGUCUCUUUCGCUAUCACCGUUACUGCCUGAUAGCACAGUGACUUUCCGCUGCCUGUUCGUUUAAAAAAAAAACCACAUCGAUCAAUGUUUAUAACUGCUUAUUGCUGUUGUAUAAUGUUGUUAACCUUGCUAAUACAAUGUAUAACAGGAAUGAUUGCCAUCAGCUUAUAUUCCAUUGUUAAUUCACAUAAUUUACCAUCUUUAACAAUAAAGUUUAACUUCUUUCAGCCUUGCUUCACUUGCAGGGUUGUUGUGACACUGACCUACUACUGCCUGUCUCUAAACAGUGACGGUAAUAUCUACCUGAACGUCUUCCUGUCCAUCGUCGUGGAGUUUCUGGGUUACCUUCUCUGUCUGCCUCUGCUACACCGCCUGGGACGGAAGUGGCUCCUCUGCGCCUCCGUGCUGUUUUGUGGUAUCGCCAGCUGCUGCUCUGUCUUCACAGUCCUCUACCUCCCUUGUGGUGUUUGCAGAGAGUCCAUUUUAGAGUUGUACUGUGUCAAGUUCAAGGAAUUUAUAGACUCAUUUAAAUUUCAUUUCAAACGAAGAUUUCUUUUUUUGUAUUUGUUUAAUGUUGUAGUACAUGUAUUCUUACAGAUGAUGGUGGGUAAGAUGGGCGCCUCGGCAGCUUUCGCCGUCAUCUGCGUCUUCUCCUCUGAGCUUUUCCCCACCAUGAUCAGGAAUGGCGGCAUGGGCGCCAGCUGUAUGAUUACCAGAGUCGGCGGUAUGAUUGCUCUAUUCAUUGCCGAUCUGGUUCGUCAUUCUGCACCAGGCAUCAGAUUUCACUAAAACGCCAUUAAUAUCGCUUGUUUUAAACCAUCUCUGAGUACGUUUGCUGCAGGUUAGUGACAUGUAGGCUCGGCUAUAGUGCUAUCAGUAUUAUCAGAUAGCUGCUCUCUGUAUAGAAAUGCCAUGGACUGGGGCCCGUCUUACGAAACGGUCGUGACUGGUGUAACGUUCAUGACAACAUAUAGUGGGGAGAUACGUCACCAUGACAUUAAAAUGCGCUUGACGUGGCGUUGUGACAGCUUUGCCCCGGAUGGAUGCAAUUGAAAGAAUCUCCCUGUGGAUACUAUAUACCUACAAAAACAAAGAAAAGAGGAUAGCAAAUUUAUGCUUAUGGAGAUUUCGUAUUUAUUACAUCUGAUAUGUUCUAAAAAGUAUUACUAUAUGCGUUUUCUUUAGAGCGAUAUCUCUAUUACGUUGAAGGGAGGUUUGGUGCUGUGUGUUGUCUUACUGUACAGUAUGGCAGUUGACGUUUUCCAUGUAUUUAAAGUGUACAUAAAGUCAAAAAUAAAGUGUGCCUCAAAUUAAAGCCAGUGGAGAACAUCGUCGAGAAGUACAUUAAAUUAUUCAUUAC